AUGGACCAACAGCUUACAACUCCGAAUUUCCCUGUAGUGGUCAAGCUGGGACAUGCUCAUGCUGGAAUGGGGAAGGUCAAAGUUGAGAACCAGCACGACUUCCGCGAUAUGGCCAGCAUAGUAGCUAUGGCAAAAACCUAUGCCACCACCGAGCCGUUCAUUGACUCCAAGUACGACGUCCGAAUCCAGAAAAUCGGCAGCAACUACAAGGCUUACAUGAGGACGUCCAUCUCUGGAAACUGGAAGGCAAACACAGGUUCUGCGAUGCUAGAACAGAUUGCAAUGACAGAGAGGUACAGACUCUGGGCAGAUGCCUGCGCGGAAAUGUUUGGAGGUCUUGACAUCUGCGCUGUCAAAGCUGUCCACAGCAAAGAUGGAAAAGACUAUAUCAUUGAGGUGAUGGACAGCUCAAUGCCCCUGAUUGGGGAGCACGUGGAAGAGGACAGACAGCUUAUAGCCGAUCUGGUUGUUUCCAAAAUGACUCAGCUUGUCAUCACUGCUGGGUCUGCGCCAUCACCGCUGAGGCCUUGGCCUACACAAGUUCAGCCUGCAUCAAUGAAAUCUCAGACUGGACCUCAGCUUGGACAACUGUCCCAACCACGGCCUCCUCCCCAAGGCGGACCACACCAGCCUCAGGGAUCUCAGCCCCCACGGACAAACGCACCUCCGCAGCAACGGCUGUCUCCUCAAGGACAGCAGCCCCAGAGUCCCCAGUCCACUUCACCUCAGCAGCAAAGGUCACCUGGAUCUCCAAAGCAAGUCCGAUCAGCAACUGGGUCCUCUCCAGUCCAGGCUCCCAAGGCAGGAAUGUUCCCUCCACAGCAGCCUAGACCUCCUGCUCAAGGCCGGGCUCCUAGCCAGCCAAGUCCCACUGAAACGUCCAAGCAGCAAGCCACCCCACACCCGCAUCUGAACAAAUCGCAGUCCCUGACAAACACCUUCAGCAUAUCUGAAUCAUCUCAGCGGGGAAACGCCAAUGAAGACGAAGCAAAAGCUGAGACCAUCCGCAACCUGAGGAAAUCAUUCGCUAGCCUGUUUUCCGAUUAACAGCCCUUCAGCUGGAUCUGUGCUUUUGUCAGCCCUCACUCUUCAUAUCAGCGUACCUGAUGUCAUCCUGGAAUACACUCAAUGGUACCCGGUGAUUUACAACUAACACUUGGGUAAAGGGAAUCUAGAAAACCAUAGUUGUUUUAAUACAAAGAAAAUAUUCUAAUAACGGUCUGAAAAGUGACUGUAUAAAAGUGGCACUAUUUCAUUGGUUUUUGUGCAUAAUCAGAAUCCCAUCUGUUCAAAUGACUGAGUUGUAAAGCAAAUUUUACUCUUGCUAACCCCUGUGGAGUCAACAGUUAUGACAG